ACGCUUCCAUGUAGGCAAACCAGCUCGCAGCAUCUAAAAUCUCUCAUUGGCUCCAGCAUCUUCUCUAUCUUUACAGCCAGGUGAGUUCCAGUGCAACAACAAUUCCAUUGAUGUUAACCGCGCAGACGUGAGAUGGGGCACCCUCUUCUUCCGACCCACGUUGUGCGCCGUUUAAUGCAACCGGCAAAGUAAAGGCCGCUCCGCCGGAUGGCUACCGCCACUCAUAUGUACUCCAUGUAAACACUAGAAAGAGCUCCCCGUUCCCAAGUUACCAACAGUUCCAUUCGAUCUGUUGAGUGAGGAGGAGUUUCGCGGCGCUGUUUGCGUCUCCGUGGCUUCGCGUCUACCAAGUCCAAGUCUUUUUCCUCAAGACCACCAUACAACGGACUCUUCGUUCUUCGACAGACUGCUCAAUGUUACCGUGCUUGUGUCCCUUCUUGUAUGCCGGUCCCUUCCUGUUCUUGUGGACAAGUACGAGUACAAGUCCUGCCUAGCAUCCCCUGUCCAUAUCCCAAGAAUCCCUUCAAUAGUCUGGUACGUGCGUCUCGUAUCAAAUGUGGGUUACAAUAUCUCCUUGGGCCGUUCGCAACCCCUCGGCUGCCGGUUGUCGGGCAUGAAGUAGUGCAGUGACGGUGUGCAACCGCAGAAUAUGAGUUAAGAGUGCAAUUUGAUACGAGCUAAGAUCAGUCACCUCAAUGAAGAUAGUGGAAUCCUCGUGAAGAUAGUGUCGUUACUCUGUGACGAGUUGAUGCAAGCAAAUUUCUAUAAAUCACCCCAUUCCAUAUGAAAGUGCAUUUUCAUUUGAUUUUCAAUCCGAAUAUGAAUCGCUUGCGGUCCUGAGGAAAAUUAUUAUGUUGACCCGAAAGGUGUGAAGUGUGCAGAAGGAUAUAAACACACAGGAAAUAUCGACUGGACUGCAUUUUAAUUAAGGCAUCCCGACGCAGCUUACAUAGUGCAUAAAAAGGACUGCAUCUCUACGUGGACCGGAUCCUCCUUGCUGAUUGGACUGGAUGUGCCUGGAAGACUGGGUGAAACUAGUACCACAUUCGAACACAAAAGUAACUACUUAAGAACCUAAUUUUGGUUCACCACGAAGGCUCCAAAUUCUGAUUAAGAUUCGUCUUCAUUUGGCAAUAUAAGUGAUGCGACUUGAUGUGUACAACUGUUCCUCAAUGCAACCCGGCUUUCUCAUUUAUUGAGAAAUAAAUACAAUUCAUGAUUUGGAAGUCAACAACCGCCCAACUUUCGACAACAUCCCAACGUUAAUGUAAGAGCGGAAAUACUGAUAAUAAUGAACCAGAAAUAAUUUUAUAUAGAUCUUUUAACCUCGAAUAUGAUGUCAGUUACAACGUGACCGGACUAUUUGCAUUUCAAAUUGAUUCUUUGGACGAUUUUCGAAAAUCGAUUGCCGCGAUCGAACGUUUAGUUGUUAAUCGCGUUCCGUAAAAAUUGUGAUUCGUUCAUGUGUGGUGAACAGGACGCUGAAAAUUGAUAUCCUUCUUGAGUUUUGUGUUCUGGAAUAAUAUGAAAUUAACGUAGCGACUAGUGUCAUUUGCUUCCUUAAUUUAUUGAAAUUUAUCAAAAGUGUUUGUUAAAAUUAUCGACGACAAAAUGGGGACGAAAUCACCAGGAACACCUCAACGCUGCCGACUCAUAUUACAACGAUGCCUGGCUAUACAGUUGUCCAAGCCAGGACAUACACCACAGGAUUUUUGGAUGUACGAUUCAGGAUAUAUGAUUUUCCAGAAUUUUCUUGCGGCUAAUGCACAAUGCUGGUGGAACGCUCCGCUUUCAGCAGCUACCAGGGCACUGCGAUAUGCCGGUCAUGUUGCACCCGGUAUGCUUCUGGUCACAGCCGAACCAUGCGCCUUGGAAGUGCUUCGUGGCGCCUAUGCCCGGAGUGUCUUGAAACCGCCAGCGACUUAUGUCAUCAGUUCGGUCGGCGACAUCGAUGAUUGCAUCGUAACACCGACAGUUCAAGGACAAUUCACUCCACUUCCGGAAGCACUAUGCGAUGUUAUUAUGGAUUUAACAGCGCAAGGUCAAUCAGCUACCAUAGAAAAUAUAAGAGCACAAUUAAGUGUACGAUUUCCACAUAUGACCACCCCCGUUACGGAAGUUAUUUAUGAUACAUUAGCGCAAUUGAUGAAAGAAAAGAAAAUUUAUCAAACAUCAAAAGGAUAUUUUAUAGUGACACCAGAAAGACGGCGAAGUCGAUCGAGACCUAGAUCGCAUCGCAUAUAUCAGGAAUAUGAUGAGGAUAUUGAAACUCAGGAAGCGCGAACUAUGCUGAUGACGAAUUCAGAAGCCUUACAUUCGCUUUAUGGUGAAAUAUCAACGGAACGUGAUGGUGACUUAACACAUCAAUGUAUACAAACCAACUUAGCGGAUGUUAUUUGUGGUGGCAAUCCAAACGAUAAAAUUCUUUAUCCGAGAACAUCUAAACGGCGUAGUGCUUCAUUCCCGACACCUCGAAGUUUGGAACGAAGGCAUAGCCUACGAUUAUUUGGCUCAUCGAAACGAUUACAACGAUGUGCAUCGACGAGGAGUCUUUCCAAAAAUUAUGCACAAACAUUAGCGACGGACAGCAGUAGUUCAGAAUAUCAAAGUACAGAUUCGUCAUCACCUAGUAAGAGUAACUACAACAUAAUCAACUUAAUAUGUUCCUUAAAAUAUACUAAAUUGUAUCUUUUUGUUACUGUAGAGAAAGGAUCUCUCUUGUCACGUCUAUUUCGGCGCAGCGGACGAUCAAAACAAAGACAAAUUGAAACAUUUUCCGCCCAAUUUCCACCAGCCGAAUGGUUUAAUUCCCGUGCUGUUCACUUACAUAGUGUUGGAACACAAACAAAUGAUCACCAGGAAAUACCUGUAGUACAUACGCUUUCGAAUUCAACAUUCUACGAUGGCUCGGAGUACAGCCAGCGAUCAUCCACCCUGCCGCGGAGACAUCGACGUCAUAUGUCUAGUGAAUCGACUUUUGUGAUAUCAUCACGAGACUGUUCACCGAUUCGUCGAAGAUCCCCGGCCUAUUGCAGUAGUAGCUUACCACGAUCAACCCAAUCGAUUCCAGCCACUUCAACAAAUGUUACCCAAAAUCAGAACACUUCACCCGCCCAUCAUCAGCAAAAUUCACAGUCUCUGAGAGUCACAUCGCACACACCGAAACCCUCGAUUUUGGGGAAGCAUUUCUUCGAAGAGCAGAACCGCAUUAAAGCAAAACAAAAGCAACUGGAAACUACCAGUAUAAUGGACAACAAAGUCAAUUACCGGAGUGCACAAAGUGGGCCAUCCAGUUUGGAAAGUGGCAAAGCUUCGAUGAUAACCACAUCUGGUCCGUCUAGUUUAGAAUCAACUGGAAAAAUGUCAUACAGCCGAACUAGUGGUCAUUCUAGUCUUGAAUCACAGGCUUCGUCCAACACAGUGCAACAAUCACCGUCCCGUUCUGUGCUCAUUGUAAACGGAGGAUCACCCAGAAACUCUGCCAAAUACCAAACCCUAAGACAGUCCUCCGUUGACUAUGGGAAAACCAAAACGUCGGGAACAUCAUCGGGAACCAAACAGUUCGAGGACAUGCCACAUGUGACCAGCAAGCCACCCAGCGGUAUUCCCAACUCCAACUCAAACAGCUCCAUCACACUUCAGGUGACUACAUCCAAUGGGAGCAAUCAAAGCAACAUCCCCAGUACAAAGAUAUUCGUGCAAAACUCUCCGGUCCGCAGUGUGAUAACCCUAGAAAAUGGAAAGUUGGCGGAGAACUCAAAUGUUUUCAUAAUCAACAACGAAACAACAACCAAUGAAAAGGGAGAACUUAUCAAGAAACCUACGUCUGUCUCUCGUCAACAACAUUUCUCCCCACUUCAUACAAACGGAGUGGCUAAAAAGGACAGUUCCAUCAGUGAAAAUGAUGCCAACUCUGAAACCUGCGAUUCCAUUUCAUUCAUUAGUGAAACUUCCCCCGAACAUAAUGACAUCAUGUCUUCCACCGAUGUUCUGGAGACAACCAAGUUCACGAAGAACAUCAACAACGAUGCAACAAUGAACAACAGCCGGAAGCUAUCCUUGCACAUCUCUCCCAACGGCAGCAACAACAAUAAAGGACCGAAUAAUAUUGUAUACAAAAACGUUUUGAAAAACGAAUCAGAUCCAACGAGUCCCACUGAAACAAAUCCUGUUGCCAAGCAGGACUUUGAAAUCGCAGGAUCAGUGGGGAACCUACGAUACUACGAAAAGAAUACAAUCGGAUCCCAGAACAAACUCAAUUCGCAUUGUGACUUGAAGAACCUUCGCUAUGAAUCUUCCGGAAACCUCACCAGUAGCCAGAAGGGCUGUCUGCUCACUUCAAAUCCUGCUAUCAACACCGAUUCACUGGCGCAUAUCCUUCAGAAAAACAUAAUUGCGGUUGGUAGCGAACCCAACUUGGCCAUCAAAAACUGUGAGCAACAUCAAAAGUCAAUUUGUGAGAAAUCUGUAGAGAAGGAGACCUUGGAUCGAAGGCUCAGCCUCUCCAAGGAGAACACAGAUGAACUGUACAACUUUCCAAGCCUAACGGACUUAAGCUUUAAUUUUACUUCUUUAGCUGCGCAAAAAAUCCUUCAGGGGGUUAGCUUGAAUAGCAUUGAUACCCUGGUCGAGUUGAAUAUGGCCAAUAACAAGGAGAAGCAGAAACAGAAUAACCAAACCCAAGCCAUGUGUACGGACUACGGAAUGGUUUAGGGACUUAGAAAGGCAUGUAGGAGUGCUAAUUGCUCAGAAACUGAAUAUGUAGGCCUACCUUAAAGCUGGAAACAGGACACAUAAUUAACUGACUCUUGUAGGUUAAAAUCAAAGUAGAUAGUCACCUUAUUGGAAAUUAUUAAUCAAAAAAUUGACACACUUAGGAGGUACCAUAAAUUAAAAAAUGAAAAAUGGCCACUGACGUAGUUUAGGCAUUUAUAGCAGCAAAAUUUUAUACCUAUCCAUUACUCUCAAGACUUUUCGCAAUUUUCCAAUGUCUGCCCACUUACUUAAAUUACCAAAGAAACUAGAAGACGUAAUUCGAUCGAAAUAGAAGCGCAAUUACGAGAACUACAGAAAAACAGACGCCCAAAUACCGCAGAAUUAGCUCCUCCUCACAACAUUUUACUCAACAAGAGAACUACCUAACGAAAACGAAUUAUCUAAAACUACUCCCUUACUCGAAAGUAGAUACCGAAAAUAUUAAUCAAUUCGAAAUUAGAUAUAAUCUUAUUUUCCAGCAAGUCCUUUCCAUGUUUCAUUUACUGAGACCUUAUCCUGGCUUUCACAACCGUACAAGGUUUUGUUGCUCUCCUUGACCAUAUUCUCCGUUGAUUUGCGGAAUUUUUGACAAAUUUCUGAUUUAUUUGAGCAUUUAAACUAUAUUUGAUCUAAUAAAAUAUAUAAAUUAAAUUAUUACAGCUAUUCAAGCUGACUUUGUUUAUCUAUUCAAGUUUAGCUUUACUUGACCCUAUUUUCCAGUUAUUGGAACAAAUUACGAUAAAUUACUGAAAAAUAUCAAAAGAUACAUUUUUACAAAGUGCCAAAUAGUUAAGUCUUUGAAAACUUGAAAACCACAACAAAUGAUCCUUACUAUUCGGGGUAUGCCCUUUAAAUUCUACCCUUAGUUGUUACCCAACCCCCUUAUUUCUCAGUCACACAGAAAUUGUAGUUUAUUUGUACACUACUCGAUAAGAUACUUUUGUAUACUAAAAUAUAUAUAUACAUGUGGUCCUUGAAUCACGGGUUCGGCAUGCACGAAUGCUAAUCCGGCAUCAUAAUUUUUAUUUUAUUCUUCUGUUUAGCAUUAAGGUAUCUAAAUCUUGACUUGUCCACCAUAGCUACAAAAAAAAAUCGUGUCAAUAAACAGAAAUUAAUGGAAUUUUCGUGUACAUUAUCUUUUUCUUGUUCUGUUCCAGUACUUUAUCAUGUCACUGUACAUUCUAAUUACAACUAUAUAAUUUGUAUGGAUAGAAAUACGUUUAACGAAUCUUGAUAUGCAUGAAUUGUAUUUUACAGGAAAGAAAAAUAUUUUGGACGCAAUUUAUGUUUAAUUUUGAUAUUUAAAUAAAAUAAAAUAUUUUGUGGUUUUGUUAAUAUGGAAAUGUGUAAGACGAAAUCCAUUCGUAAGAAUAAAUGUCGAAUAGAAAGCGAUAUACCUUGUAAUACAAAAAAUCGAGAAAAAUAAAUAAAAAAA